UGCUCAUAGACGGUCGCUUUUCAUUUCAUAGACAUCAAAGAGUGUUGUAAUAUAUAUUUCAGAGAUCUUCAGAAAAUGUAUAUUUAAAUAUAUUGCGAACAUUUUAAGAAUAACCGAUGGGAAGUCCUGAAACAUCUCAAUACAAAGAAUUACGUGAACAAGGCUCGCGGAGAGCACUUUAAAAACAAAACAUUACUGUAUACCAUUGUCCUGGAGUUAAACCAGACGAAAGUGACAUAUCCGGAGAUUUGACUCCAUUUAAUUUGAAGGAUUGAAGUUAAAAUCUAAUUCCGGAAGAAUUUUAAAGUGCUGUAGAGUGUGAUGUCGAGGGAAGCGGGAACUGCUAUAUUGUCGGUUGUGGAGGAGGUGACUACCAUCAACACCUCCGCUUCACACCCCUUUGAUACAUACGACUACUAUAUCCACCCCCACUGGAGACAGUACCCACCUGUAUCAGAUAACUGGCACUACUUCAUCGGACUCUUUAUCACCGUAGUCGGCAUCAGCGGUGUCGUCGGAAAUAUUGUUGUGAUAUGGAUGUUCAGUUCCACAAAGACCCUGAAAUCGCCGUCAAAUAUGCUGAUAACGAACCUUGCUCUUAGUGAUCUCACCUUCUCGGCUGUUAAUGGGUUUCCGUUAUUAACUAUCUCGGCCUUCAAUAAGCGGUGGGUUUUUGGUGACGCAGCGUGCGAGUUUUAUGGUCUUAUUGGUGGGAUCUUCGGUCUCAUGUCUAUCAACACUCUGGCUAUGAUUUCUAUAGACCGAUACAUUUGUAUCACCAAACCCCUUCAAGCCGCCAGGCUGAUGACUCGCAAGAAAGCCUUCUUCAUGAUAGUGAUUGUAUGGUCUUGGGCAGUCGGAUGGUCCCUUCUUCCACUGUUUGGUUUAGGGGCAUACAUUCCCGAAGGUUUUCAAACUUCCUGUACGUUUGACUAUCUAACCAAAACUACAUUGAAUAGAAUUUACAUCAUCGGAAUGUAUCUAUUCGCGUUUGCAUUACCUCUGGUAAUCAUCAUCGGUUGUUAUAUUGCGAUUUUGAAAGCCAUCAGAAAACAUGCCAAAGAAAUGGCCAGCAUGGCUGACAAAAUGAACGCUGAAGAAGCAGAUAAGAAAGAAAAAUCUAAAACAGAAAUAAAAAUAGCAAAAAUUGCGAUGAUGCUUAUAUCGCUUUUCAUUUUGUCGUGGAGUCCGUAUGCUACUAUAGCCUUGAUGGCUCAAUUCGGAGACCCGUCUUUUGUUACCCCCUUCAUGUCGGAGUUACCUGUUAUGUUGGCCAAGGCGUCUGCCAUGCACAACCCUAUAGUGUAUGCACUCAGCCAUCCAAAGUUUCGUGAAGCGCUAAUGAAGAAGGCACCAUGCCUCUUAUCAUGUUGUGCGCCGUCAGAGAAACCUAAAAAGGUCAACAAAGCACCUGUACCACAGAAGCCAGUGAUGCAUCGACAGCUAACGCACACUUUUAGUGACGCAAGCAUGGCUAGUGUUCAGACAAAUAUCAGCGAAUGCUUCGAAAUGAAAACAGCUAAAGAGCAAUGGAUUGAUUCGGCAGAAAUGGUUCGACAGCUUGUUGGCGUGAUUGUAGGCAUGGCAACCAAGAAGAGUGGUGACAAGCCUAACGCUCUUCCUCAAAAUGGCAAUGUUCAAAUGACUGAGGACGGUCCUUCCACAGAGACAAUGCAACAACCUGAAGAAGGCGUAUUCACAGUGAACGACGGUAACCUUGACCUUGUGGCAGCUGCAGGCGCCUUGAUUGAUGCUCUCGGAACGGAGUGCGAGACUGAGAAACCGGUCGAUGAAGGGGAGGUAACCACGGAUGGUAAGGACAACCCGGCAUUUGAGCCCCAAGAGGAUGAUACACAGGUUUGAUAUAAACUUAGACUCAUUUUAUUUGAGGUGAUCACAUACGCGUGCUUAUGACGUAAUCAAUCAAUGAAAACUCUUGGAUCGGUAAAUAGAAAGGUUGCCAAUUCCAGUUGUGUGGCUUUUAUAUCUUUAACUCCUGCUACACUCGUUCUGAAUGAUACGGAACGAUUUAAAACAGCAGGGGGAAAAACAUCAUCAAUUACUGUUAACGUACACCAGUUUUAUAGUAACGGAAUUAAAAUCAACCUAUAUAUAGAGUAUUCAACAACACAUAGAACUGUAAUAGAAUACCCGGAUUGUUGUAGUGGGUGUCUUCAGUAUCUCUGUCUCACUGCAGUCUAGUUUUUCGUAUAUAUACAGUAACCUUCCCUUAAAUUUGUUUCACUUCUAUUCACCAGCUAGCUCAGUCGUUCAGGGCGACAGGGUAGCAAUCUGAUGUCAGCUGUUCGAAUCCCGGUCUAUCACAGCUGAACUUGUCACUCAGAAUACUGUUGCUGAUUAUAUUGUCAUUAUUUCACCUGUAAUAUCUGUUUACAGAUGUCCCGCACGGUAUGAUUCCAUUAUUCGGAAAUGAUUGACUAAUUUAUUCCGUCUUUGCGUAUUGCAGAGUUAUCUUAUCUUGGGAGCAGGUAUUGAUUAUUACGUCAUUGGUUUG